UUUGUGAUGAUUAAUUGUUUCCAAAUAUUACCUUUAUUACACUGUGGUACUCUAUACCCUGGUUUGUUUUAUAUUUUGACUCAAUAUCCGUUGACAUUUUUAUAUAUGUAAAGAAAGGAAUUUGUUUUGAAAGUGUCUAUGAAAAUGAAGUCGGAAUUUCUAAUUGUUGUCGUUUCAGUCGCAUGUUCGAUUCUCUUUGGUGAUGUUGAAUGCAAUGGAAGCAAUAACGGAGUAGAUCCAUGUGGUGCAGGUAAUCACACAGCGUUAGAGUCAAGUGACAGGCUUCAUUCGAUACACCAGAAUAACCAUGUGUGUGACGAUAACUUAAUCGAAGGCUGGUACAAAUUCGAGGUUAACGGCAGACCCGCUGAGAUCCCGCACUUGUGCUUAAAGAACAAUGUUUGUGGCACCCAGCUUCCUAUGAGAAUUGAUUUAGCGGGAAAAGCGAUGCCUGGCGUCAACGAAACGGUAGACGCGCACGUGUGUACUUCUUAUGACGUCCUGGGAAAAUGGGACUGUUGCGUACUGCGUCAACCAAUCAAAAUAAAGACAUGUGCUGCUGAUAUUUACGUGUACUAUUUGAAACCUACUGAUAGAUGUAAUGUCGCGUAUUGUGUCCAAGAGGUAAAUGACAGCCCUUCCCAAAACUUGACGAUAAAACGAGGUGAUGACAGCAGGUUCCGUGGCAGUUCAACAUCUAUACCCAUCACAUACACAACAACCGCAUCCCAAAAUGAUAGGAACUCUUCAACAACUGAAGUACCCAUUUCCGCCACUAGCACUAACACAUCAGAAGUUACAAGCGAAUCUGUUACGAACAUUCCCGAAAAUGAUACUACAAGAUUAACGGUAACGAUUGCAGGAAUUACCACGGCAAAUGACGAAAAUAUAUCUGUUACCACAGUUACUGCGCCUGUAAAUGUUAGUGUAACAGAAAAUGGUACCAUUGACGACGGUUCUUCCACAACACUUGCAGGUCUUUCGCCUGGUAACACAGAUAAAGCUGUUAACAUGAAUGAUACCACAGCUGUUAACAUGAAUGUUACCACCACAGACUUACCACCACCUUUAACAAAUGCCAGCAGACGACUUAACACAUCAACUGAAAGCAGCGUCUCUGAUGUCGGUGUUACCACUACUGAAAACGUUCCCAAUAAUUCUGUUUCCAUGACAACAUCUUCUUCAACAAUAGAGAACACAAGUACAAAUGACACACCCACCAACCAGACGACAAGUAACAUCGGAACAUCUACAGCAGUCCCAGGUUUACCGUGUGAAAACUGGACUAAAACACUGUGUAAGGACGGGAACACGACAUGCUACCUAUCGCCGACUGACAACACGUCUUACAGAGUCUGUGCAGACCGUAGUGGGUGUGGUGUCAUCUGUGAUAAUGUUCCAGAUUGUAAUGACGGAUCUGAUGAAAGUCAACACCUAUGUCAAUCAGCUUCGUGCGCCGAAAGUCAGCGACUAUGCUCUGAUGGUAUACACUGUUUUACACGAUGUGAUGGCGCUGUGACUUGUUCUAGCCAUGUAUCUGGUGAAGACGAAGAAGGGUGUCUUUCAACGACUACAACAACCUCUAUCACUAACGCAACAUUUUCCUCUACGGACAACUCUCAGAAUGUUACAGAAGAAAUUGAAAACAGUACGUCUCAAACAUUUGCACAAUCAACCCGUCAUGUUACUGUCACAACUGAAAAUGGGAGUCAUCGAAUGGAUAACGUAACAGCUUAUAGUGAUCCAACAACAAAUAGUGAUCCAACAACUACAGAAACUUCAUUUUUGUCAACUGCUGAUACUUCACAAGACCUAAGUACUGUCAGUGCCAGUAACAAUAUUUCAGAUACAACAGAAAGUAUUACAGCCAGGUCUAACACUACAUCUGGAAUGAUAAAUUCAAGUGAGUCCGUAAAUCAAACUAGAAUUGUACCAGAGCCAUCUGUUACAGAUUCGGCAAUAACAAAUAACCAAAGUACCACAGAAGCACCAACCGAUCAAGAAGUAACAGAAUCUAAUCUUGUGACAACAGUAUCAUCUGUACAGAACCACACAUCACAGGAUGAACUGUCAACGGACGGAUCUGUGAGAACAGUAUCUCCAACUUUAAAUCAAACAGUGACCUCGACACAAACUUCUGUAACAUCUGAAAGUUUAACUACAUCAGAGAAAGAACAUGAACCAUCAUCACAGGGCAGUAGCAGUAGUUCAGUAGAGUCGACCAUAGAAUCAACAACAGGCCUUUCUCCAAAUACAAGCAUGCAGUCCUCCUCACAAACGGAAAGACAUACAUCCACAGAUAUUAACACUGUUGUAACCACUGUCAGUUCAUCGGUCACAAUUAUGUCUUCUGGUCCUGGUGUUUCGAAUGGUACUACAAUCCAAGAACCAGUCCAGAGUCCUUCUGGGAUCACUGAUUCAGCUCCAGUUUCAUCAAGCGGUGACGUUGAAGUAACAACCCCAGAACAAACAACCUUAACUUACCAACGUUCAGAUGGUCAGCAAAGUUCGUCAAGUUUCCAUACCACCUCCUCAGCCAAUGUAAAAACAGGUACAUCUGCAACAGUUGAAUCAACACUUUCAGGCAUUACAAGUAUGUCCCCGAAAAUCUCAGUAGUGACAGGAUCUGGGUCUACGUCUGCAGGAGGCAACAAGGCGAUGGAUCAAACUACACAUGUGCAGGAUGAAAAGACAGGUUUAUACUAUGAGAACUUUGGCUUGUUCGUUUUCCUUAUCGUUGCUGGGGUUGUCAUUGCUGGAACUUGUAUGUUUGGUAUUAUUGGCUAUAUGUAUCAGCGGCGAUUUCGGACAUGGAACCCGUCGAUGGCAUACCAAGAUGCUUAUGGUGAUUUUGAAAAGAAACCACUUCCAUUUGGGCGGGAGAAAUUUGGCGUGGAAAGUCCAAUCCCUGACUUUGAUAUUUUACGCGAUGAAAAGAAAUUUGAAGAAACAUCAUUAUCGCAAGCAAGCACUUUGGCAGUCGGACCAACACCUGGGAGAUCAGCAGGACCUCCAUUUGAUGACAGUUACGACGAGAUUCAGCCCGAUGGUAUGACCAAUGGUAAACCCAAUGGCGGAGCGUGUCAACAUGAACCUGAAGUAUCCUAUAUAACUGACGGCCAAACUACCGACAGUUUUCCUGCAUACGAAAAUGGUGAUGGUGUAGUGCCUGUUGAUGAGAUAGAUAAUUCCUCUCCUAGAACACUGUUUCCAUGGAUUGAAAAUGCAGCAGAUACCAAAUUGUAAAAAGGAUCUAAACAUGGAUUUGCAUAUGAUUGUUAGAUGCUGGUUUUUAUACAAUGGGAAGCGAUGUUCAAUAUUUUCGGGAAUUAAAAUAAAACUUCUUUAAAUAUAGAGUGAUAAAUGGAAAAUAUAAUUGAUAUAGGCGAGCUUGUACAAUCUUUAUAAACUUUUCGUAGUUUAGAAUAUUUAUAUGAAGCAUAAUAGAUUUAGGUGUAUAAUUGAUUAGAAUGGGUUGGACAUGGCUAGUGGACACACUGUUUGUACCAAGCAAAGAAAUAUACGUCAAGAACGUGUGUCUGUCUGAAAUAUGGAUGUACGGAUGAUUGUCGGUUAAAUCUGGGACAAAAAAUAAAGUAAAUAUUUUUUGGUUCCAGGUUAAAUUUGAAGAAAAAGGCUGACCGAAAUAACAUUUAAAACAACAAAAACAUGUUAUUAUUGUGGAUUAAAACUUAUAUAGAUAAUUUAGAGACACUUAAGUACAUGUAUAUCUAUUUAUCAAUACAGAACAUCUGGUUUGAGGAAAAAAUGAGAUAAACAAACAUAAACAUAAUUAAGCAUACAUUUUUAAUUGUGCUUUCCGUUCUUUGCGUUUUAUAAAAUUUAGAUAUUACUUUUAAUUUUGAAACAUUUUACCAGUGAAAAUGAUAUGUUUUAAAAAAUAUCAACAUUAUUAAAUUAUUAAAAUGAAUGUAAUUCAUGGAAAAGUAUAAAACUUAUAUGUUUUAUAAAUAGAUUCAAAAUGGGUUAACAUAAUGGAAUGUUUGCCAUAUAUAUACAUGUAUUUAGCUAACCUGACCACAAAGAGGUCAUGGUGAGUAUUUGUGAGAGUCUAUUGUCCAUAUGAUAGUGUUUUUUACAUAUUGCAGUACUGAACACAAUAGUACAGAAUUUACAACACCAAAAGACAUUAAUUUCUUCCUUGAAUCGUCCUAAUUAAGUCAUGAUUUACAGAGUUAUGACGGUCCUUAAAAUAACCCAAACAAACAUGUUUGUCAGGUUUAUGUGAUGUUAGUUUUAUAGCUUCUGAUCUACUUUUAAACUUCCAUUUAUUUAGUUCCGCCCAUUGUUUCCUUAUUCUUUUAUUUUGGAACCAUACACCUCUUUUUCAAGGACUGGCACUUACGUGUCACAUUGAAUGUUCCAUGAUAAACGCCUGUUUCUAAAUUUCACCAUUGUCAUGCUUAAUUGUUGAAUUCUGCUUGCUUUAAGCCAGUGCUAUGGGGUGUGGACUGUAGCUUGCGUUUUCUAGUACCGUCCACAAAUUAAACAGGCUGUGUCAAUGUGAAAUUAAUCUGUUUAGCGAUUGCUGAAAUUAAUUGCAUCGUUCUUAGAUUACUGACGCACCGUGCUGUGUAGGAUCGUAUUAGUAAAGAGUUGUCCAAGAUAAGCAUUUGUCAAAAUUUGACUUGUCUGGCUUAUUGUCAGUAUUGAGUUGUCCUGGACGUCGGCCUGUAGGAUUUAUAGAGCCCUUGCCUUUUCUAAAAACCUGAUAUACUCGUAAUCGUGAGUUCCUGAGUUAUGGUCCUUUUGGAUAUCAGGAAGGUAUAACUUGCCUAGCAUACACGAAAUGAUUAAACAAUGGACCCAGUUGAGCGAUUUAGGGUCAAUGUAGCCCUCUUUUUUGUUUUUAAAAACUGUUUUAUAGUGUACCACAGUGUUAAUUUCAUAUAUUUAUAUAAUAUGUACAUAUCACACAUAAUAUGUAGAAUUUAGAAUUAUCUUCAUUACAUUAUUCGCCCCCAAGUUCACAUCAAGUUAUAAAGAAAUUUAAGGUUGUCAAUGUGUACUUUAUCCAUAAAGCCACAUCUUUUUGUACACAUUAAGGAUACAGCAGUUUGAAUUGUUUGCUCACUUAAGCAAAAAAACUUUUAAGAUUGCCAUCAGUCCGUCAUGCGUUUGUCUGAAGCCGACGUUUAAUUGGUCGGUCAAAAAGCAUUUUCCUUUUUGGUCGGGUUGCACAGGUGCAAGGGUUAUAGUAUGAUGAAUGCGGGCGUCUGGCGGGUGGAAAAGAUUUUGGAACAGUUUUCUCAGCAACUACUUUCACAGCCUCUUGAUAUUUGGUAUACAGCAUUAAUACAUGGUCCCAUACCGUGGGUUUCGAUUUCAGGUAUGUCACUCCUCCACUCCGUGUUUACUGACUUAAAUUUUCGACUUUAAUGGUCAAUGGUAAGAAACUUUCUUAACAGUUUUCUCAGCAACUACUUAUCACAGCCUUUUGAUAUUUGGUAUACAGCAUAAAGACGUCCCAUGGCGUGGGAUUCGGUUUCAGAUCUGUCAUUCAUCCACUUCUUGUUUAUCGACUUUAUAGUAACAUCACAGCCUCAUGAUAUUUGGUAUACAAAUGCAACCCGAACUUUUCUAUCUUUGACCCAUUUUUAAUUUGAAUUUAAAUCAGCCUUGCAGAGAAACUGAUUUUCCAGUAGAUCUGGCUUCCUAUCCGGAGUGGUUUGGCACAUAAAGCAUUACAUAGUUGUAGCCCCUUAAACAGCCAAGAUAGGCAUAUCGCCUGCUUAAUUGAUUUUGACUUAAUUUGCAGAGAACUAGUAGGUCUUAGUUUCUUUCUUUAAAAAUGAUGAUUCUGUCAAGCAUUACCGAGUUAUGGCCCCUAUAAAUACAGAAAUAGAUGCCAAAAUAGGCGCACUUGUGAUAAAUUUUCUUCUCCGAAAGUGCAAAGGCGAAAUUUGAAAUAUUCCACAUGUAGCAAAAUAAAACUCUUUUGACCUUCAGUAUAGUUCUGUUUAUGUGGUAUUGAACUUUGACCUUGAAAAUGAUCUUGUGGCCCCUUGUCUAGCAAGUUUUCAUUUGAGCGAUCGAUCAAGGCCUCUCAUUCCCUCUUGUUCGAACAGGUUUAAAACAUAAGUUUGACUGACUAUAAUAUGUCUUAUUAACAGUAAUUAGUUUGUCAAGAAUUUUAUUCAUUUUUUAAGGAAAAUCUGAAAAUGUCCUAUAAAUGUAUUGCAAGACAAAUGUAUGCAUGCAUGUGGUUAUGUUUAUAUGGGUGUAAUAAUUAUAUGAUAGCAUAAUAAAUGUAUUUACAAUUUUUA